AUGGAGACCCUUGCCCCAGUUGGGGCUGGGAGUGGACAGGGAGUAGAUGCAGAGGAGGAGGCGCCCCCAGUUAUCUCCCCGGUCACUGGGGCGGAGUCAUCUGGAAGAGGAAACAAGGAGUGUCCCCAGAGCCAAAAGCAGACCCAGGUCCGGAGAGACGUGGACCCGGUGCUGCUGCUGCGAGUGCACGAGGCGCCCCCAGCGCUGCUCCCCCCGCCGGGGCCCUUGGCCCCGGACGUCUGGUUCUGCAGCUGGUUCCAGCUCAGGACGCCGCGGGGCGCCCCACUCCGCUUCCCUUGCUACCGGUGGCUGGAGGAGACCGGGAGCCUCGUGCGGCGGGAGGGGACAGGUGGAGUGAAUUUUUCCCAGGGAUGCCCCAACUGCCUUGAUGCAGAAAACCUCAAGGAGCUCAAUUGCAACCUAAGCUACUCAGUCACCAAAGAACCUAUGCCAUUCUUUCUUGCUGCAGGAACAUCGCCCUGAAAGCUGAAGGGACUGCUAGACAGCCAAAGGCCCUGGAGAAGUCUGGCUGAGAUCCAAAGCACCUUCAUCUUCCCCAAAUCACCUGCGUCAGAGUAUGUGUUUGAACAUUGGAGGGAGGACUCCUUCGCCUUCCAGUUCCUGAAUGGCAUCAACCCAAUCCUGAUCUGCUGCUGUCACUGCCUCCCAAAGAACUUCCCCAUCACUGAUGCCAUGGUGGCCCUGGUGCUAGGCUCUGGAACCAAUCUGAAGGCUGAGUUGGAGGGUGGUUCUCUGUACCAUGCCAUCCUCUCAGGUCUCCACCCCAACAUCAUUAAUGGAUGGUCCCAGUUCAUAGCUGCCCCCCUGACCCUGCUGCACCAGAGCCCCAGUGGGCCCCUGCUGCCCCUCGCCAUCCAGCUCACUCAGACACGGCCAGAUAGCCGCAUCUUCCUACCCAGUGACACGGCUGAGGACUGGCUCCUGGCCAAGACCUGGGUUCGCCACUCAGGGUUCCUGGUGCAUGAGAUGGUCACUCAUCUGCUUCGAACUCACUUUGUGAUGGAGACAUUUUUUCUCUCCAUGCUGCGGCAGUUGCCCAUGUGUCACCCCAUCUUCAAGGAAGGAAGGACCCCUCCUCUCAGUCCUCAUUUCAGCUACACCUUCCACAUCAACAUCAUGGCCCGCACUGUGUUCUUUCCACCAGGAAAGCUCAUUGACCAGGACUUCGCCUACUACUACUGAGAUGAUGCACUCCAGAUCUGGGUAGCCACAGAGAGCUUUGUGUCCGAUAUCAUUGGCAUCUGUUACCCAGACGACAGUGCAGUGAGCAGAGACUUGGAGCUGCAGGCCUGAGUCAGGGAGAUCUUCCAGGAGGCUUUUCUAAGACGCAUGAGCUCAGGGGUCCCUUGCACCCUGGAUAGCUGUGCUGGUCUCAUCGAGUAUCUCACCAUGACCAUCUUCACCUGCUCAGCUCAACAUGCUUCCACCAACAAUGGCCAAUUUGAAUUCAGUGCCUGGGUACCCAAUACUCCCACAACCAUGAGGCUCCCGCUGCCCACAUCCAAAAGCCAGACAGACCUGGUGGCCUCACUCCCUGAGGUCAAUGCCACUUGCCAUGCCCUCAUGCUUUUCUGGGGUACCACUAAUGAAACCAAGGACACUUGGCCUCUGGGCACCUACCUGGAGGAGCACUUCACCGAGGAUGCUCCGUGGUGGAGCAUUGCCACCUUCCAGAGUCACCUGGCCCGGACCUCCCAGGACAGCAGGGAACGGAACCGGGGCCUGGUGCUACCCUACACUUACCUGGAUCCCCGCGGUGGUGGAGAACAGCAUCAUGGUGUGAGUGAGCGAGCCUGA